AUGAUGGAGGAGAGCCUGGAGACAGAUGACCCCAGAUCAUCCAUGCCCGCUGAGCUCCACUAUCCCCACUCCAAGUAUUCUCAGUGGAAGUUUAAACUGUUUAGGCUGAAGUCAAUGGAGAAGGCCCCUCUUCCAAGAGAGACACAGCCUGAGAAAGGAGCCCUGUUAGGGACCUCACUCCCUGCAGCUCCAAAUAUAGAGUUAGAUGAUGAUAUUGGUCCAGGGAAUGUUAUGAAAUUGUGCCUAGGGGGAAAAAGUAAAGAAAAUGUAGAGGGCCCCGGCCGGAGGGUAGAUAUGAAGCUACAGGAAAUGGAAACCCACAUGAACCACCUCAGGUGCUUGUGCCGUCUUUGCGGAAUGAUCCUGAGAAAAGUCAAAGGGCCGGUGCACGAUGUUCAUGGGAAUCUGGAUGAGUUCAGCAAAGGUGCCCUGCGUAAAAUGGGCUGCAAGUUUACAAGCUGGCCAGAGGUGGUUCUCAAAGUCUUCAAAGUGGACGUGACAGAGGACACAGAAUCUGUCCACCCUCUGUCCUUCUGCCAAUGCUGCUGGAUGGUUACCAUACGAGGAGGGGGCAUCUGCAGCUUUGCCAGAACAAAAGUCCCAGAGUGGAAACCCCACUCUUCCCCCUGUCACCUUUGCUCCCCCAGGAAACUUUCAUUCCAGCGGACUGGGAGAAAGAAGCGGAAAGCCAUUCCCAAAGCCCAGAGCCUGGCAAAAAGAGCCAGGUGGGACCACGGGGACAACACUGCUAUUAGUGAGAGGAGAACUCUGAGACCAUUUGGAGACCAUCAUCAUCAUGGUCCUGUGCUCAGGACAUGGAGGAAACCCAGCAUCCAGAGAGAGCAAUGGGUGAGGAACCUUACCCACUGCCAGAAAGACCACCUGAAUACCAAGCUGAUCUCUGAGAAGCUCCCUGUAGACUUUCUCUUUUCUUUCACCUGCCUGGUGUGUGACCACCUGCUCUCUGAUCCUGUUCAGUCCCCCUGUGGGCACCUCUUCUGCCGUAGCUGUAUUAUAAAAUAUAACCACGUUCUGGGACCUCACUGCCCGGCCUGCAACUUGUCCUGCACCCCUGAUGAUCUCAUCUCGCCUGCCAAAACCUUCUUAUCAGCCCUAUAUUCCCUGCCUCUGCUCUGCCCCUGUGGCAAGCAGGUAAGCCUAGACUCAUUUAAAGCUCAUUGUCUGAGCCAUGAUCUGGAUGAACAGGACGCAAAACAGCAGAUAUCAGAACUUGACAGCUACCUGCUACCCAAUAAAGGCGGAAGACCCCGUCAGCACCUGCUAUCGCUAACACGUCGUGCCCAGAAGCAACGGCUGAGGGAUAUGAAGAACCAGGUGAAGGCAUUUGCAGACAAAGAGGAAGGUGGCGACCUGAAGUCUGUGUGCCAGACUCUGUUUCUGCUUGCACUGAGAUCUGGGAAUGAACACCGGCAGGCAGAUGAGCUAGAAGCCAUGAUGCAAGGCAGAGGCAUUGGGUUGCAUCCUGCUGUGUGCUUGGCCAUUAGGGUCAACACUUUCCUGAGCUGCAGCCAGUAUCAUAAGAUGUACCGGACCGUCAAAGCCACCAGUGGCCGCCAGAUCUUUCAGCCCCUGCACACCCUGCGAGAUGCAGAGAAGGAGCUUCUCCCUGGCUUUCUCCAGUUUGAAUGGCAGCCAGCUCUAAAUAAUGUGUCUACAUCUUGCAGUGCUGGCAUUAUUAAUGGUCUCUCUGGAUGGACUUCCUCAGUGGAUGAAUUCCCAGCUAACACCAUCACUCGGCGGUUUCGCUAUGAUGUGGCUCUUGCGUCAGCAUUAAAGGAUCUGGAGGAGGACAUCAUGGAUGGGCUAACAGAGACUGGGAUGGAAGACACUGCUUGCACUUCAGGCUUCAGUGUCAUGAUCAAGGAAUCCUGUGAUGGCAUGGGCGAUGUCAGCGAGAAGCACGGUGGAGGACCAGCUGUCCCUGAGAAGGUUGUACGUUUUUCUUUCACUGUUAUGUCUAUCUCUGUCCAGGCAGACGAGGAGGAGGAAGAGGUUAUCAUCUUCACUGAGCCCAAGCCAAAUUCUGAACUGUCAUGUAAGCCCCUUUGCCUGAUGUUUGUGGAUGAGUCAGACCAUGAGACACUCACAGCUGUCCUGGGGCCUGUAGUUGCAGAGCGUAAUGCAAUGAAAGAGAGCAGGCUCAUCCUAUCCCUGGGUGGUCUACCUCGCUCUUUCCACUUCCACUUCAGAGGCACGGGAUAUGAUGAGAAAAUGGUGCGUGAGAUGGAGGGCCUUGAGGCCUCAGGUUCCACCUAUGUCUGCACUCUUUGCGACUCCACUCGGGCAGAGGCCUCUCAAAACAUGGUGCUGCACUCCAUCACCCGCAGUCAUGAACAGAACCUAGAUCGUUACGAAAUAUGGAGAACCAACCCCUUUUCUGAGUCUGUAGAUGAGCUGCGAGACAGAGUCAAAGGGGUCUCUGCCAAGCCAUUCAUGGAGACCCAGCCCACGAUGGACGCAUUACACUGUGACAUUGGCAAUGCCACGGAAUUUUACAAAAUCUUUCAGGACGAGAUCGGGGAGGUGUACAAAAAGGUCAACCCCAGCCGGGAGGAACGGCGCAGCUGGAGGGCAGCCCUAGAUAAACAGCUGAGGCAGAAGAUGAAGCUUAAACCGGUCAUGAGGAUGAAUGGGAACUUUGCCCGCAAGCUAAUGACCCAGGAGGCUGUGGAUGUGGUGUGUGAGCUGGUGCCCUCAAAGGAGAGGAGGGAGGCCCUCAGAGAGCUUAUAAGAAUCUACCUCCAGAUGAAGCCUGUGUGGCGUGCCACCUGCCCUGCCAAGGAGUGCCCUGACCAGCUGUGCCGCUACAGCUUCAACUCCCAGCUAUUUGCCGACCUUCUCUCCUCUACCUUCAAAUAUAGGUACAAUGGAAAGAUAACCAAUUAUCUGCACAAGACCAUGGCCCAUGUGCCUGAAAUCAUAGAGAGAGAUGGAUCCAUUGGAGCCUGGGCCAGUGAGGGGAACGAGUCGGCAAACAAACUGUUCAGGCGUUUCCGGAAGAUGAAUGCGCGUCAGUCAAAGGCCUUUGAGCUGGAAGACGUGUUGAAACAUCACUGGCUCUACACUUCCAAGUACUUACAGAAGUUCAUGGAAGCUCACAAGGACUCUGCCAAAGCUCUGCAAGCUACCAUUAACCCAGUAGAGAGCCAGAGUAAUGAGGACAUGUCUCUGGAAGUUCAUGACUUUUGA